AUGGCCCGGGCCCGCGGCCAGGCCCCGGGGAGCAGCGGGCGGCGGCGGCCGCGGCGGGGCGGCGCGGGAACCGGACCCCGGGGGGAGUCGGCCGGGCUGCUGCUGCUGCUGCUCCAGGUGCUGCCGCCCGGGGCUGCGGCAGGGCCGGGGCGCCGGGGCACGCGGGGCGCUGGCGGCGGCGGCGUCUGCUGGCCCGCCGCUGCCCCUGCCUUUCCCCGGGACGCGCGGCUGCUGCUGCUCCUGCCGCCUCUGCCACCGCUGUCGCCGCCGCCGCCGCCGAGCUCCGCGCCCGCAGCCUCCGCCUCCCGGAUGGACGCUCUGCCCCGCGGCGGGCUGAACCUGAAGGAGGAGCCGCUGCUGCCCGCCGGCCUGGGCUCGGUGCGCUCCUGGAUGCAGGGCGCAGGCAUCCUGGACGCCAGCACCGCGGCGCAGAGUGGUGUGGGCCUGGCACGUGCACAUUUUGAGAAGCAGCCUCCCUCCAACCUCAGGAAAUCCAACUUCUUCCACUUCGUGUUGGCCAUGUACGACCGGCAAGGGCAGCCUGUGGAGGUGGAGCGCACGGCCUUCAUCGACUUCGUGGAAAAGGACCGAGAGCCUGGGGCUGAAAAGACGAACAAUGGGAUCCAUUACCGCCUCAGGCUGGUGUACAACAAUGGACUUCGGACAGAGCAAGACCUCUAUGUACGUCUCAUUGACUCCAUGUCCAAGCAGGCCAUCAUCUAUGAGGGGCAGGACAAGAACCCCGAAAUGUGCCGAGUGCUGCUCACCCACGAGAUCAUGUGCAGUCGCUGCUGUGACCGGAAGAGCUGUGGCAACCGGAAUGAGACGCCCUCAGACCCCGUCAUUAUCGACAGGUUCUUCCUCAAGUUCUUCCUCAAAUGCAACCAGAACUGCCUGAAGAAUGCGGGGAAUCCCCGAGACAUGCGCCGCUUCCAGGUGGUGGUGUCCACGACGGUGAGCGUGGACGGACAUGUGCUGGCCGUGUCCGACAACAUGUUUGUGCACAACAACUCCAAGCAUGGCCGCAGGGCUCGCCGCCUAGACCCCUCCGAAGCUGCUACCCCCUGCAUCAAGGCCAUCAGCCCCGGGGAGGGCUGGACCACGGGCGGCGCCACCGUCAUUGUCAUCGGCGACAACUUCUUCGACGGGUUACAGGUCGUGUUCGGAAACGUGCUCGUGUGGAGCGAGCUCAUCACGCCCCACGCCAUCCGGGUGCAGACGCCCCCGCGGCACAUCCCGGGGGUGGUGGAGGUGACCCUCUCCUACAAGUCCAAGCAAUUUUGCAAGGGAGCCCCUGGCCGCUUUGUCUACACAGCCCUGAAUGAGCCCACCAUUGACUACGGAUUCCAGAGGCUACAGAAAGUCAUUCCCAGACACCCCGGGGACCCCGAGAGGCUGCCCAAGGAAGUGCUGCUGAAGCGGGCGGCCGACUUGGCGGAGGCCCUGUACGGAGUGCCCAGCAGUAACCAGGAGGUCCUCCUGAAGCGCGCGGCGGACGUGGCCGAGGCUCUGUACAGCGCCCCCCGCGCGCCCGCGUCGCUCGGACCCCUGGCCCCGAGCCAUGCGCACCCCGCCGUCGUGGGCAUCAACGCCUUCAGCAGCCCUCUGGCCAUCGCCGUCGGGGACGCCACGCCGGGGCCCGAGCCGGGCUACGCGCGCAGCUGCAGCAGCGCGUCCCCCCGCGGGUUCGCGCCCAGCCCCGGCUCGCAGCAGAGCAGCUACGGCGGCGGCCUCGGCGCUGGCCUCGGCGGCUACGGCGCGCCGGGAGUGGCCGGCCUCGGCGUGCCGGGCUCCCCGAGCUUCCUCAACGGCUCCACGGCCACCUCGCCCUUCGCUAUCAUGCCCUCUAGCCCCCCGCUGGCGGCUGCCUCCUCCAUGUCCCUGCCCGCCGCCGCACCCACCACCAGCGUCUUCUCCUUCUCGCCUGUCAACAUGAUCUCUGCCGUCAAACAGAGGAGCGCGUUCGCUCCUGUGCUGCGCCCACCCAGCUCCCCGCCCCAGGCCUGCCCCAGAGCCCACGGAGAGGGGCUUCCAGACCAGCCUUUUGAGGAUUCUGACAAAUUCCACUCUCCAGCCCGGGGGCUUCAGGGCCUGGCAUACUCCUAACUACGGUCUGCAGGUAUUGCCCCCGCUGAGCCUGGCCUGGAGGUGACGGCACCCAUGCCCUGGAUGACGGCACAGACAGAUGCA